UGCCAGCUCUUCUCCCACUCACUUCGCAACCCACAAGCGCAGAGAGGAACAUCUGCUCUCACUGUGAUCCAUCAAACCUGCCGAAUUAACAAACCAUGGCCACUCAAUCAUCUCCAUCAAAUGAAAGUAUCUCCAACCAAACCUGCAACGUGUUCACCUACAAGGAAUCAGCACGGAUUCUCUUUCCCAUCUUCUACAUUAUCGUGCUCGUCGUCAGUGUCUCAGGCAACAGCCUGGUCCUGUACAUCACUAGCCAGAAGAAGAAGAAGUUCAACUCCACCACACUGUACCUGAUCAACCUGGCAAUCUCUGAUACCCUCUUCACUCUUGCUCUUCCCGGUCGGAUCACCUACUACAUCCGUGGUUUUGACUGGCCCUUCGGAGAUCAUCUCUGCAGGCUCACUGCUUUUAUCUUCUAUUCAAACACCUACACGGGCAUCGCAUUCAUGACCUGCAUCAGUGCUGACCGCUACCUGGCCAUGGUGCAUCCACACAGAUGUCUGAAGCUGAGGAGUCUGAAAGUGGUACGAGGCAUCUGCAUUCUGGUCUGGGCAAUUGUUUUCCUGGAGACAUCUCCUAUGCUCUUCAGGAGCAUGAUUAAUGAGUGGGAAGGUCAGCAAACAUGCAUGGAGUACUCCAACUUGGACGAAUCUCCUAAAACCCCAUAUGUGCUUUUGCUUGCCUGUGUUAUUGGGUUCUGCCUGCCCUUGGGACUUAUCCUUGGCUGCUACUGCCAGAUCAAUUCCAAGCUUUCCAAAAUGGCCAAGGAGAACCCCAUGACCGGCAAGUCGGGAAAAAGUAGCAGGGCCAAGAACAUAAUAUUGUUGAUUUUGCUGAGCUUCAUGUUGUGCUUCUGCCCCUACCACAUCAAUAUCAUGCAGUUCAUGGUGCGCAGACUUCUCCAUAAGCCUUCUUGUGAGGAACAGAAGGUCUUCAAGAUGUCUCUUCAGAUCACUGUGUCCAUGAUGAACCUCAACUGCUGCCUGGAUCCAGUCAUCUACUUUUUUGCAAUUAAGACAUACAAGCAGAGAGUAAUGAGCCUUUUUAAGGGCUACAUGCCCGCGUCACUUUCCUCAAAGAACGUGCCCGAUUACAGCACCAGCAACACUUGAAAGCAUCUAUUUGAUCUAUUUGAGUAACUAGAUGAUUGAAAACUGAUGCUGAACUAUUGAAAUCCAACAAUCUGAAAAAAAUGAUUUUUUUAAAAAAA